GAGGUUCUGAUGAUGGCCGUUGUUGCUCAGUGGAUGGAGGUGGUGCAGGAACUGACUGCCAAAGUUCUGAGAGCAAAACCAUCCCUACAGGUCAGAGAUGGUUUGGGGAGCAGGGCUGGUUCUGAAGGAGGGCUGAUGAGAAGUGACGUGGAUGGACCCAUGGACCUGCAUGGAACCUUCCAGCAAACCCCUGUGAGCUGUGUGGGCCACUGGGAGCAGAGCAGCUCCAGGGUGGGCUUCCCUGUGAUGGAGAAGGGCAGUGGAUGCCAUCAUCCCGGGGAGCACACCGAGGGAUGUUCUCCUCUCCGCUUGAAUUCCUGCAUGGGAUAACACAGCUCUCAGCCAUCUGUUCCCCCCAUCUUCGUCCCAGUCACCCGGGCAUGGCACCAACACCAAGGCUGGAGGAGCGGCUGUCACCAAAAUACAGCUGAAAACGUUGAUUUCAUGGAAGUAUUCAUUGCCAGGUUUUUAUUUCUCAGCGCUGCUUUUAUGUCACCACCUCAUUUUCACUGCCACUGCUGUUUGUUCUCAGCAUUUGAUGUGGUUUAUUACUCAGAACCAGAGCUAAUACACUCAGCAGCCCAAGUUCUGCACUUGGAGAAGGGAUCAGUGAUUCAGCCCCAUGCUGGCUGCCCAACCCUCCGCUCAGCAGAGCAGCAGGCAGCCACGAGAGCAAUGCUUUCCAACAGGACUCGAUAUAUUUCAUCUCCUGACACUUCCCUUCACCCAACUUGAGGCAGAACUCAAGGCUCAGCCACAACCAGGACAGAACAGUCAGUGUUAAGCAGGACAAAGGCUGCCCCAUCAAUUGGGAAGGGUUGUGACACGAGCUGUGAUGCUGCGGUGGAGAGGGAGAGGAAAUUUGGGCAUCAUCAGCAGUUGGUGUUGUGAGACCCAUUUGCUCAUACGUGGAGCACUGCUAGCAAACCCUUAGCUGUGUGUUCUGCUCUGCUCUUGCCAUGAGUUGGCGUGGAGCUUGUCAGAUGCUUCUCAAAAUCUUGGAGAUCUUUGGAUUAACGCUGCAGUGGCAAGUGAAGAUUAGAAUGAAUUGCUUGGGAUUAAUUGCUUAGAAUCAAUUGAUUAGAAUUAGUCGGUCAGAGUGUUUACCCUGAGAUCACUGGAGGUCUUGGCAGAGCAGAUGCAGUUUUUGGCCGUGCUGGAAGAGCCGCAGGACGUUUCCAAUGCGGUUCUCUAUUCCCAGCUCACAGAAACAGCCCGUGGCAUUAAUUUCUGUGGGUUAUUCUGGGUUGUGCAAACCGGUGCUUCCCUUUGCAUCCUGAAGAGCAGCACCCUGUGAGUGCACAUGUGGGGCUUGCACUGCUUUUAUCAUCUGCAGAAGGAAAUAAUCCACCAAAGGUAACAACAGGGCUUAUCUCACUGAGGGCACACGGCACACGGGCAUUUGUCUGACUGCAUUUCUUUAUCUUGGUGAGGUUAAGCAAAACUCUCGGGGAGAUGACUGAUAGAAGUUUAUGUAAUUUUUGGUGAGUAUUUUAUCUGAGAUGAUCAUUUUUUCCCCCACUUUUGUGCUCUGUUUUGCCUGCAGAUGAUGUUAAAGUGAAAAGUGAAUACAGUGACAGAGAGGAGAAUGCUUUAAAUUCUGAGCGCAUGGAAAACCCGGAAGAAUCCGAAAUACCUUACAGCUACCCCAGAGAAUACAACGAAUACGAAGGCAUUAAGCUGGAAAGACACCUGGGCUCCUAUGACAACGCCAGGCCAGCGAGUGGGAAGAUGACCUGCGAUAUCUGUGGCUUAGCCUGCAUCAGCCUCAAUGUCUUGAUGGUUCAUAAACGUAGCCACACCGGUGAGCGGCCAUUCCAGUGUAAUCAGUGCGGAGCUUCCUUUACUCAGAAGGGUAACCUCCUCCGCCACAUUAAGCUACAUACAGGGGAAAAACCUUUUAAAUGUCAUCUUUGCAGUUAUGCCUGCCAGAGGAGGGAUGCGCUAACGGGUCACUUAAGGACACAUUCUGUGGAGAAGCCCUACAAGUGUGAGUUCUGUGGCCGGAGCUACAAGCAGAGGAGCUCUCUGGAGGAGCACAAGGAGCGGUGCCGCACGUACCUGCAGAGCACCGGCGGCUGUGAGCCGGCCAACGUGGAGGCAAGGCACAUCAAGGCUGAGAUGGGGACCGAGAGAGCCCUGGUGCUGGACAGGCUGGCGAGCAACGUGGCGAAGAGAAAAAGCUCCAUGCCUCAGAAAUUCAUUGGUGAGAAGCGGCACAGCUUUGACGUCAAUUACAGCUCAUCCUUCGUGUACGAGAAGGAAGGCGACAUCGUGCAGGGCCGCAUGAUGGACCAGGCCAUCAACAACGCCAUCUCCUUCCUGGGGGCCGAAGCCCUGCGCCCUUUGGUGCAGACCCCCCCGGCUCCCACCCCCGAGAUGGUCCCCGUCAUCAGCACGCUGUACCCCAUGGCUCUGCCCCGUGCCGACGUCCCCAACGGCAGCGAUGAGAAGAGCCACGUCCCGCUGCGGGAGCACGCCUUGUCCCCCAACAACAGCGGCCACGACUCCACGGACACGGACAGCAACCACGAGGAGCGGCCCAACCCCCCCUUCCCGCAGGGUCCGGUGCUCCCCGUGCCCCGCAACGGCCUGCCAGCCCUGAAGGAUUUCCCCCGGCCCUACGACAUCAUCAAACCGCCGGCCAUGUGCCCGCGCGACGCCUUCAAGGUCAUCAACAAGGACGGGGAGGCCAUCGGCGCGUACCGCUGCGACCACUGCCGGGUGCUGUUCUUGGAUUACGUGAUGUUCACCAUCCACAUGGGCUGCCACGGCUUCCGCGACCCCUUCGAGUGCAACGUCUGCGGGUACCGCAGCCACGACCGCUACGAGUUCUCCUCGCACAUCGCGCGCGGGGAGCAUCGCGUGCUGCUCAAAUAAACGGGCAUCACCAGGGCGCCAGCAAAACCCGCCUGGCUUUAAAGAGCUCAAACAAACACCAUCUCCUGUGUUUUUCUAUGCCAGUUUUGAGUGCCAAAAGGUGAUGACGCCUUUAUGUUUUCUAUUAUUUUUUUAACGAGAUUAUUCAGUGUUUUGUAGCAUCCAUGCCUAGCUGCUGUGCCGAGCGGUACUGUAUGAUGCGUACCAGAGGCACAGACUGGUUUUUAUAUGAACUUUAUGAAAAUUAAGAGCCUUUUAAGGUGUUUUUUAUUUUUUUAACGUGCAUUUGUUUUCAUGGUGUAUGCUUUAACGGCGUGAAAGGCUUUCAUUCCCCACUGCCAGCUGCUCUGCUUGGUCAGAUGUAUAGGAAGAACUUGUUCUUGCUGUUACAACCCCGACGGUCUCAUCACCAAAACACAGAAAACUUUGCCUGGGAGGGAUUAUUCAUUCAUUUUUAGAGGUUUUCCCCAAGUCUGAUGCACACACGGUCCCGUCCCGUCCGCCUCAUUUCUCACCACUCCGCCUCUUUGAAGCCUCUCCCCACGUGCACCUCACUGAGAGCAAAAGGAGCAGCAAAACCCAAUUUUGUCAGCAGCGCAUGUGUUCGGGAUACCCGCUUGGCUCUCCACGUGCCAGCUGGGGGAAAUCCCCACUUCCGUGGAUGGGAAGCCCUGAUGCAUGCCGCGAAGGAGGACAAAGCUGCAUUGGAGCUCGUGGCCACGCUGUGCCCUCUGUUUCCCCACGGCCACCAAACACAGAGCCACCCAUCCCACAGCAGUACCAGGAGAUCUCAGCACAUGUAUGUGGGAGUGUGCAGCUCCGUCUGCUCGGACGGGGGGAUCUCCCUGGGGCUGAAAGGCGCUGCUUUGCAACACGGGCGUCGGUGAUGACUUUGAAGCUGGUUUGUAAAAUGGUUCUUUUCAUCUAAUCACUGCUCUGCAGCUGUAUCAUUAGUCAUGGUGCGGGAGAUUGGUGUGAUAACGGUUCUGCUGAGCGUGGUUAUUCCUGGCAAAGUGUUUCUGUAUGGGCAGGAUGUGUUCCCGUGGACUUUUCGUGUCCCCUGUGCUGCUCCAUGCCAACACUGCUUUGGUCUUUGGCAGUGUGAUAUCUGUGGUGGUCCCUCUGCAAAGGGGGGGUCGGGGUGCAGAGCUCCAGAUGGAGUAUGAAGGGUCAGAAAUACCCAAUGUGAUUCUGCCUUUGGCCUUGCUCUGUUCCCUUGGGUGCUGCCUCCCUGAAGCUCAAGGUGCAAAGUGGAAAUUAUUCAUUUUUUCCCCACUAAUCACGGAAUCGUUGCGGCUGGAAAAGACCUCAAAGAUCACUGAGUCCAACCAAAGCCACGUCCCGGGAAGGAGAGAUCGGUCAGCUGCUUUGCAGAGCGCUGCAGGAGUGCAAGAUCCUGCUUAUCCACGGGGGUAAGGAAGGAGAACUGGUUUUGAAGCCUUGUGCUUGGGAAGGCUCAGUGCAGUCCCCAUUUUGGCCAGUGCUCUGCUCAGCACCCGUUCCCUCAUGCUGCUCCAUGGGGACACAGUGGUUCCACGCACGCCAGUCCUCAUGCAGCAAAAAGCAUCUCUCCAUUUGCACGGGGAGCAGCACGGAUUGCACACUGCUUUCCUUCUCACAUCACCACUGAAUCCAGGAAAACACCUCAGUUGCCCUUCGUUCCCCUCCAGGCAGGACCAGAUGCAGCCCACGGCCUCGGGAGCUCAGCAGGAGCAGCGCUGUGGGUUCUGUGGGGCUCAGGAGGAGCCCAAAGGCACCGUUUCCCACUGUGGCACCGUCGUGUUUUCGGGACAAGGCGCUCGUUUCGGUUCAGCCCGCGCUGUCUGGCGUUAAUGAGUGGUUGCUCAUUGCUGUUGAACAAUGACAUGUUGUGGAACUUUGACCCAGUCACCUAUUAAAAAUAAUGUGUAUUUCCA